AUGGAAAACGCUGUGGCGGCUAAUAUUUUGGGCACCCUCGGAGCGACUCCGGACGCCCAGACACAGUCAGGUAGCCAACACUCCCAACAGACUGUCCAUCUCACUGACACACUUCACUUCUACGAGCAGCUCAUCCCGCAAAUCAUUGUGAAUUACCGGCGUCACAACACCGUCGGCCUCCAGCCGUCCAUGAUGAUGCUCUGGGCCUGGGCUGGCGUCCCUCUAGGCGUCUACAACAUCACCGAGGAAUACAACGUCGCCUUGCGCAUUCAGCCGCAGAUCUUGACGCUGCUCAGCCUUGUCACCUGGGCACAAUGCUGCUACUACGACUGGAAAGUGAGCGACAGCCCGACUUCCUCAAGUACAUACUCUGUCGUGUCUCUUGUUGACGUACACGCUCUCCAUCAGCACUGGUCCCUGACUCGUUGCGUGGCCGUCGUGGUACCCCUGGCCGCAUUCAUGGCCGCCGUUCAGGUCGCCCUCAUCUUCGCCCUGCUCGCCGCCCGGGCAGAGGCGCACCUGACCUGGCCGGCGACCUUGAUGGCCGCCCUCUCUGCCGCCCUGCUGGCAGCCGGUGUGCUGCGCCACUACUGGGACGUCUACCUGCACCGGUCCGUCCGCGGCAUAUCCUUCAUCUUUGUCGGCAUCGACGCCGCCGGCGACCUGUUCUCGCUGUUGUCCGUCUUCUUCCAGCCGAGGCUCGACGUUCUGGGCAUUGUCAUCUAUGGUACGGAGCUGGUGCUGUGGCUUGGUCUUUUCGCUGCCGGAGGGUACUUCAACCUCGAGCCGUGGGUCAGGACGAGGUUUGGCUCCUCGGGCCCUGUUCCUCCGCGGGUCUCGUUGUCUGAUGCGCCAGCUCACGGCGGGCCGGACGGGCACGGAAAUCGCGGUGUCGACGUGGUGCUUCACGACAUGCCCUCUUCGACCUCGGUCUUUCGAACAGCGUCUUGCGAUGUGCCCGGGCAGGAAGGUGGUGCCCGCACAAGACCGGGCUUCACAACCGUAGCUUAG